CGCACCGUCGCGACACGCAGAAACUAGUAACGACACGAUGGCUGAGUCGCUUAACCUCCGCGGUACCCUCAAAGGGCACGAGGGCUGGGUCACCUCCCUCGCGUGCCCGCUCGACAACUCGGACAUGCUCCUGUCCUCCUCCCGAGACAAGACCGUGAUCCUAUGGACGCUCACGCGCGAGGAGGGCAACUACGGGUACCCGCUCCGAUCCCUCCGCGGGCACUCGCACUUCGUCCAGGACGUCGUCAUCUCCAGCGACGGCCAGUUCGCGCUCUCCGGGUCGUGGGACGGCACGCUCCGCCUGUGGGACCUGAACACCGGCUCCACGACGAGGCGCUUCGUCGGGCACGGCAAGGAUGUGCUCUCCGUGGCGUUCUCCGUGGACAACCGCCAGAUCGUCUCCGGCUCGCGCGAUAAGACGAUCAAGCUGUGGAACACGCUCGGGGAGUGCAAGUACACGAUCCAGGAGCAGGAGGGCCACACCGAGUGGGUGUCGUGCGUGAGGUUCUCCCCGGUGACGUCGAACCCGAUCAUCGUGUCCGGCGGCUGGGACAAGCUCGUCAAGGUUUGGAACCUGACCAACUGCAAGCUUCGCACGAACCUCGUCGGGCACACGGGGUACAUCAACACGGUGACGGUGUCGCCCGACGGGUCUCUCUGCGCGUCCGGCGGGAAGGACGGCGUCGCGAUGCUGUGGGAUCUCGCGGAAGGGAAGCGUCUGUACACUCUCGACGCCGGGGACAUCAUCUACGCCCUGUGCUUCUCCCCGAACCGGUACUGGCUGUGCGCGGCGACGCAAUCGUGCGUGAAGAUCUGGGAUCUCGAGUCCAAGUCCAUCGUGGACGAGCUUCACCCGGAGUUCCCCCCGGUCGGGAAGAAGUCCAUCCCGCCGUUCUGCACGUCCCUGAACUGGUCCGCGGACGGCGGCACCCUCUUCACGGGCUACACCGACUGCCUCAUUCGCGUGUGGACCGUGAACCGCAGCAUCGGCGCGUCCGGCGGGUUCUCCGCGUAAGUCGCGAUCGGUCGGUCGCGACGCGACGCGACGCGAACGCCGACGCCGGGCGGAUCUCGUGAGUUUCUUCCGCGUUCGCGCUACGAUAGGUUGUGAUGCAUGCAACGCGCGAAGAUUCGCCCUGCUACAGUAUGUUCUAAAUCAGUUUCGACCGCCUCGCCGCUCGGCGCGUCUGCUCGCG